CCGAAAGACACAGGUGUAAAACACUUGUACACAGAGGCAACAUCAUUCACCUGCAUCCUCAUUUCCCUUGCACAGCAUUUUAUGAUGAGGCACAGCAGAAGCAAGAGUUUCUCUGACAGCCUUGUCCUGGAAGAUGUGGACAAAGGUGGGGUGAUUGUAAAGAGCAUCAGACCUGACUCUUCUACCGAAACAGGCCUGAAAGAAGGAGAUGAAAUUGUUGGUGCUACCAUCCACUUUGACAAACUUAAGAAAGAUGAGGUGUUGAGGGUACUGAAACUCAUUGAACCUUAUGAUGAAAACAUCAAAGUUCUAACAAAACAGGAUUUGAAAUCUGGUGUGAGUUCUUUGACAUUCAACGGCCGCAUUGCAUCUCCAAAAGAAAUGCUUACGGAUUCUUACAGCAGACUAUUCCACAGCAAAGUCCAGAGAUUCCUAAACAGAGAACCAUGUGAUGCCGCAAAAACAUCAGAUGUUAAAAUUGGUGACCUGAAUGGCCAGCUUCUUGUCCCAGAGGAAAGACUACAUUUUGAUGGCGUGAGCUUUAAGGAUGAUAUUGAGGGCCCUACUCAAAAUUUGUCCAAUAUGAGUGCACAAACUCCUGAGUUCAGCAAAAGUGGCCCAAUGCCCUUUAUGGGAUUAUCUUCAGAACUGAAAGAACCAGACAUGGGGGACAUUGUAAAAUGCCCUAAAGUUAAUCUCUCUGGUCUGAAGUCUCAAGACAUAGGCCUCAAUCUUACAAUGAACAAUAUUAAAGGAGAUGACAUUAAUGUCUCUGGUAUUGAUAUGUUAGAUGACAGUUAUAAUGACACAAACGUUCCUGAACUUGACUUGAAAUCAAAAGAUGUUGACCUGAAAUCACCUCCUAAGAAAUGUACUCAUCCACCAUUGCCUGAAUUUGGAAUCUCUGGACAGAAACUGAAACAUCCAGAAUUUGACAUUGAUGCAAAUCUGGAAACACCAGAUUUGAAUCUCUCAUCACCUCAGAUCAAAGGAAAAAAUAUUGCUCCUGAGUUGGGAGUAGAUUUACCCAAAGCUGAUAUCAGCAGCAAUAAACUAGGUAUGAAAACACCAGAUCUUGACAUUGAAGCCCCAGCAGGGAAAUUCCCUAUGCCCAAAUAUAGUCUGUCAGGGCCCAAAGUGAAAGGACCCGAUUUUGAUAUUGAUGCGGGUUUGAAAACACCUGAUCUGAAUCUCUCAGCUCCUAAGAUUAAAGGAGGAAUUAAAGCACCAGACACAGGUUUUAAUUUACCCAGUGCUGACUUGAAAGGCAAUAAAAACAAUGUGGAUAUACCAGACAUAGACCUGAAAUCACUCUCUCAAAAUUUUAAGCUUCCAACAUUGCCUAAAUUUGGUAUCUCUGGACCGAAACUUAAACAUCCAGACAUGGACAUUGAUGGAGAUCUGGAAACACCAGAUUUGAAUCUCUCAUCUCCUCAGAUCAAAGGAGAAAAUAUUACUCCUGACUUGGGAGUGGAUCUACCCAAAGCUGAUAUCAGCAGCCCUAAACUAGGUAUGAAAACACCAGAUCUUGACAUUGAUGGCCAAUCAGGGAAAUUUACUAUGCCCAAAUUUAGUCUGUCAGGGCCCAAAGUGAAAGGAACCAAUUUUGAUAUUGAUGCAGGUUUGAAAACACCUGAUCUGAAUCUCUCAGCUCCUAAGAUUAAAGGAGGAAUUAAAGCACCAGACACAGGUUUUAAUUUACCCAGUGCUGACAUGAAAGGCACUAAAUUCGACCUGAAAAUACCAGAUGUUGAUCUGAAAACUCCCUCUUGGGAAUUCAAAUUUCCAACAUUGCCUAAAUUUGGAAUCUCUGGACCGAAACUGAAACGUCCACAAAUUGACAUUGAUGGAGAUCUGGAAACACCAGAUUUGAAUCUCUCAUCUCCUCAGAUCAAAGGAAAAAAUAUUUAUCCUAAGUUGGGAGUGGAUUUACCCAAAGCUGAUAUCAGCAGCCCUAAACUAGGUAUAAAAACACCAGAUCUUGAUGCCCCAGCAGGGAAAUUCACUAUGCCCAAAUUUAGUCUGUCAGGUCCCAAAGUGAAAGGACCCGAUUUUGAUAUUGCUGCAGGUUUGAAAACACCUGAUCUGAAUCGCUCAGCUCCUAAGAUUAAAGAAGGAAUUAAAGCACCAGACAUAGGGUUGAAUAUACCCAAUACUGACAUGGAAGUCCCUAAACUUGACCUGAAUGCAGCAAAUGUUGACCUGAAAUCACCAUCUCAAAAAUGGCAAUUUCCAACAUUGCCUAAAUUUGGAAUCUCUGGACCGAAACUGAAACAUCCAGAAAUUGACAUUGAUGGAGAUCUGGAAACACCAGAUUUGAAUCUCUCAUCUCCUCAGAUCAAAGGAAAAAAUAUUUAUCCUAAGUUGGGAGUGGAUUUACCCAAAGCUGAUAUCAGCAGCCCUAAACUAGGUAUAAAAACACCAGAUCUUGAUGCCCCAGCAGGGAAAUUCACUAUGCCCAAAUUUAGUCUGUCAGGUCCCAAAGUGAAAGGACCCGAUUUUGAUAUUGCUGCAGGUUUGAAAACACCUGAUCUGAAUCGCUCAGCUCCUAAGAUUAAAGGAGGAAUUAAAGCACCAGACAUAGGGUUGAAUAUACCCAAUACUGACAUGGAAGUCCCUAAACUUGACCUGAAUGCAGCAAAUGUUGACCUGAAAUCACCAUCUCAAAAAUGGCAAUUUCCAACAUUGCCUAAAUUUGGAAUCUCUGGACCGAAACUGAAACAUCCAGAAAUUGACAUUGAUGGAGAUCUGGAAACACCAGAUUUGAAUCUCUCAUCUCCUCAGAUCAAAGGAAAAAAUAUUGCUGCUGAGUUGGGAGUGGAUUUACCCAAAGCUGAUAUCAGCAGCCCUAAACUAGGUAUGAAAACACUAGAUCUUGACAUUGACGCCCCAGCAGGGAAAUUCACUAUGUCCAAAUUUAGUCUGUCAGGGCCCAAAGUGAAAGGACCCGAUUUUGAAAUUGAUACAGGUUUGAAAACACCUAAUCUGAAUCUCUCAGCUCCUAAGAUUAAAGGAGGAAUUGAAGCACCAGACAUAGGGUUGAAUAUACCCAAUACUGACAUGGAAGGUAAAAAACACAACAUGGAUAUACCAGACAUAGACCUGAAAUCACCCUCUCGAAAAUUUAAGUUUCCAACAUUGCCUAAAUUUGGAAUCUCUGGACUGAAAGUGAAACGUCCAGAAAUGGACAUUGAUGGAGAUCUGGAAACACCAGAUUUAAGUGUCUCAACUCCUAAGAUCAAAGGAGAAAUUAAUGAUCCUGAGUUUGGUGUGCAUCUACCCAAAGCUGACUUAAACAUUCCUCAGCUAGAUAUGAAAACACCAGAUCUUGACAUUGAUGCCCCAUCAGGGAAAUUCACCAUGCCCAAGUUUAGUCUGUCAGGGCCCAAAGUGAAAGGGCAAGAUUUCCAUGUUGCAGGCUUAAUACCACACAAUCUAAGUCUCACAGCUCCUAAGAUUAAAGGAGGAAUUAAAGCACCAGACAUAGGGUUGAAUGUACCCAAUACUGACAUGGAAGUCCCUAAACUUGACAUGAAUGCAGCAAAUGUUGACCUGAAAUCACCAUCUCAAAAAUGGAAAUUUCCAACAUUGCCUAAAUUUGGAAUCUCUGGACUGAAACUGAAACGUCCACAAAUUGACAUUGAUGGAGAUCGGGAAACACCAGAUUUGAAUCUCUCAUCUCCUCAGAUCAAAGGAAAAAAUAUUGCUGCUGAGUUGGGAGUGGAUUUACCCAAAGCUGGUAUCAGCAGCCCUAAACUAGGUAUGAAAACACCAGAUCUUGACAUUGACGCCCCAGCAAGGAAAUUCACUAUGCCCAAAUUUAGUCUGUCAGGGCCCAAAAUGAAAGGACCCGAUUUUGAUAUUGAUGCAGGUUUGAAAACACCUGAUCUGAAUGUCUCAGCUCCUAAGAUUAAAGGAGGAAUUAAAGCAACAGGCACAGGUUUGAAUUUACCCAGUGCUGACAUGAAAGGUAAAAAACACAACAUGGAUAUACCCGAUUUUGACCUGAAAUCACCCUCUCAAAAUUUGAAGUUUCCAACAUUGCCUAAAUUUGGAAUCUCUGGACCGAAACUAAAACAUCCAGAAAUUGACAUUGAUGGAGGUCUGGAAACACCAGAUUUGAAUCUCUCAUCUCCUCAGAUCAAAGGAAAAAAUAUUGCUGCUGAGUUGGGAGUGGAUCUACCAAAAGCUGGUAUCAGCAGCCCUAAACUAGGUAUGAAAACACCAGAUCUUGACAUUGAUGCCCCAGCAGGGAAAUUCAUCAUGCCCAAAUAUAGUCUGUCAGGGCCCAAAGUGAAAAGACACGAUUUUGAUAUUGAUGCAGGCUUGAAGACACCUGAUCUAAAUCUCACUGCUCCAAAGAUUAAAGGAAGAAUUAAAACUCCAAAGGUUGAUGUCGAUUUACCCAGUAGAGGCAUAAAAGCCCUCAAAGCAUCAAACUUUGACUUGAAAUCAUUAAAGAUUAAAGAUGAAAUCAGUUUCCCUGAUGUAAUUCAAAAUCUACCCCAAACUGAUCUCAAAGAGUCUACAUUGAAAUUGAAUACACCAGAUCUUGAUCUUGAUGCUCCUUCUGGAAAAUUGACUAUGCCUACACUAAAGGAACCUAAAUAUGGACUGUCUGAAUUAAAUAUGAAUAGAAAACAACUAGAUAUUGAUGCAGUAUUAAAAAAUAACAUGAAAAGCAUGCAAUCUAGGCCAAACAUCAAAGAAAAAGAUCUUGAUGCAAACCUGAAAACACAGGAUGCGUUUCCCUUAACUUCUAAGGUCAAAGCGAGCCAUAAGACUUCUGACACAUCUGUGAAUUUACCGAAAGCUGAUCGCAAAGGUCAAGCAGAUCAAAUCCGAUAUCCUAAUCUGAAAAAUCCCAGUGUUGUUGGGUAUGUUGAUUUAUCAAAGGGGAAAGGAUAUAAUUUGACUGACAUUGAAGUAUCAAAAUUGAGAACCCGCACAGUCACUACUAAUAUUCUGUGUGCUCCAGAUAUUGACCUUGAAGUUCCUGGGGGAACAUUAAAAAGGUCAAAGUUAAAGACCUUCAUUUAAAUGCAAAGGAAUGACCUUAUGCCAAGCAUCAAAAGAAAGAGCAACCCCAUUUGGAAUUUAAUAAUCCCAAGAGAUUAUGUAGGAUUUCCUAAUGGACAAAUUUGUCACAUUUGUAAAAAUCUGACAAAAAGUUUCUUGUUCAUCCAAAUUAACAAAGUUUCUCAAACUGUGUAUAUAAAGAUUCUACUAUUCUAUUCUUGAUCAGGUAAUCAUCAACAUGAACAUAGCAAGACUACCUGAAAAAUAUAUAGCGCUAGUAAAAAAGAAAUUGGUGGAUACAUCAUAGAUGUAGCAUUCUUGAUAUUCAUGACUAUGGAUAGUUGCUACUUCAUGAUAAUUGUACUUUGUCUGACCUGUGUAUUUCUUUCAGUAUGCACUUACAGUACAUCACUUUGAAUAAUAGCGUCUGCAAAAUAAAAUGUAAUGUAAAAGAAUGUAAUGUAAUUGUAACCCUGGUUAUUUUAUUUUAACAUUUGACAUGAGUGUUGGUUUAUUAUUUUUUGCUCAACAAAUCUGUAUAACCUUUCAUUAAUGGAACUUCCUAGUAACAGGCUGCAAUCCUCAUUAUAGGUGUGUAAUAUUUUUUUUAUUGAUUGAUUUAUUGCACUUGACUUUAUGGGCAGUACAAUACAUGCUUGCUGCAUGUCUUGCGGCAUUCUGCAAAAAAAAAAAAAAAAAAAGAA